AUGUUUAACUUAAUCUUAUGGCCUUUAUUUUUGCUUACCUCGGUGGCCAUUCCGUUGCAACUAACACUUGAAGUGGUUUAUCUGACGUCUUCCAUUAACUUCUCAAAGGCAAGUGCUGCUAAAACCGCUACUUCAUUAGGCCAAUCUCCAGUGGUCAUCACAAUUUAUAAAUCGCUGCUAAAAUAUUGGAGUCUUUACGAAUUCAUACACUUUAUUUAUCUCUAUACUCCUAUCGAUGCCUUUUUGAAUUUCUUACCGUUCACCUCUUUACUGAUGUUGUUUGGAAGUAUUUGCUUAACAAGAGAAUUGGUAUAUGAUUUCAUUGGGUUUAUGGAAUCUCAAGGCAAGAUUACUGGGUUCCUUAAUAAGAUAACAGAGCCAAACUUUAACAGUUACCUACUGUUCUCUUCUAUUUAUAAUAUUUGGUUUGCGGAUGACACCAAUGACAAAUUCUUAUUUGGUAAAUUAACCCAGAUUCUAAUCUCUGUAACGGAAAGAUACGAAUUUCCACGUACAUACUACUUAUCAAAAGCUUCUGAUUUCCUACAGAAUCUGAUUUUGACGAGAGUGAGACCCUUUGUAAUAGAUAAACCACAAGGCGACAGAAAUCAAUAUCAAAACGGUAAUCGUGAAUCUACAAAGAAUGGAGCCGCGUACCAAAAAUCUUCACAACAAUCGUCGUCUUUUGAACAGAAUUAUACAAGCACGGAGUUUCCCAAUGACUAUGAUUUUAUGGAGGACAUUUUAGAGGAAAGAGCAGAACUGGAUUAG